GCCUGCCUGAGUGAAACAUAAUUCUUGUUCCUCCCUCAAGUGUGCCUUCUUAAACUGAGUAUAUGUCAGGAUGCCUUACCUUUACCUUUAGUUUUACUGUCCCUGCAGCAUCUCACCAAGUGUUGGACAUAUUUCUCUUGUAAUCAGAGAAACUCCUUUCCAGAUGCAUGUAUACACUUUACUGUUCGUCAUCUGGACUUCACCGGUGGCCCUCGGCUACAGCAAUGGGCUAGUUAGUGGCAGCUGUGGCACCAUGGUACCAAACCACUCCGCACAACCUCAGACAGCUACAUCACCCUACACUGUCACUGUGGAUCGGAGCAGCUACCAGGCAGGAGACACAAUUACGGUGACACUCCAAGGGCAGUCCACAACAUUCAUGGGUUUCCUGCUACAAGCUCAAGAGGUCGGGGGAAGUCAACCUGUCGGCACUUUCUCGGUGACCGAUGGACAGGCGCAACUUCUUUCUUGCAGUGGGACAACGAGUUCAGCAGUUUCUCACACUUCCGCCUCAAGUAAAAGUUCUGUCAAAGUGUUGUGGCGUGCUCCAGCAUCAGAGAGUUACAAAGACAUUGUCUUCAGGACAACCUUUGUUCAGUCUAAGAGAGUCUUCUGGGUGCAAGUUAAUAGUGCAACAGUUAGUUACACUGGAUCGCAACCUGCUACACCUGUCCCAACUGUAUCGUAUUCUUUCAUAUCCAGUGCUUCCUGUGGAUACAGCAAAUUGUGCGUGAGUCAGCCCAGUAACUGCGACCCUGCCACCAGUGGCAGCUGCAACUUCAUUUCUGUGCUGGCAUCUUCCACAAACUCGACUUUCAACGUGGAAAUAUCAGGCCAAGCAAGUGGUUACGUGGCUGUCGGAUUUUCUGAUGAUCAGUACAUGGGAAAUGAUGAUAUUUAUAUCUGUGUUGAUAGUGGUAGUGGAAGUGUUCAAGUACAGCAUGCAUAUUCCACUGGAACAGUUACCCCAAAUAUAUUACCUCAGGGAAACAUUUCUAUUACAAAAACAUCUAUGACUGGUGGAAUUAUCAGCUGUUCUUUCACAUCUCAAAACACCAUCUCAACUCAGCCUCGAAGUGCUGCCUCAGCCCUCUCAUAUUACCUCCUGUUUGCUUCUGGACAAGCUAGUGGUGGUUCAAUUCAGUUUCACACCACCACAUUUUCAAGCAGUCAGAAAGUAGACUUAACAUCUCCUCAGCUUCUUCUAUCAGGAUCAUCGGAACCUCCUAUUGUGAAAGCACACGGUGCAUUAAUGCUGAUCUCCUGGAUGACCACAGGAAGUAUUGGCAUGUUAAUUGCCAGGUACCUGAAAGCAGCCACCAAAGGGAAACGCUGCUGUAAUAAAGAUUUCUGGUUUUUGGCUCAUGUGACUCUCAUGUCCCUGUCUGUCAUUGCAACCAGUAUUGCAUUCAUUCUGAUUUUCAGUUAUGCUAGAGACUGGAGUGGGGGGGCUCAUCCAGUUCUGGGCUGUAUAGUGAUGAUUCUGGCCCUUAUCCAGCCAAUGGCUGCUGCCUUCCGCUGUACACCCGGCCACAAAUGGAGGUUUGUUUUCAACUGGGCACAUGCACUGAAUGCUGUGGUGAUUAAAAUCUUAGCAGUGGCAGCAGUAUUUACUGGCCUGGGACUCAUUGACACCACAGAUAGUCAGUGGUUACAGAAAGUGAUGGGAGGAUUUUUUGCCUGGGAGGUCUUAUUUUUUCUUCUCUAUGAAUUAAACAUGCGGUUAUAUGCAAAAGAUAAAACAGAACCUGGUUCAGACUCGACAAACACUGAAGUGAUAAUUCUGGUCAUCUUCGUCCUUGGGAAUAUUACAUUCUUGGUGGCCCUUCUUUGUGGAAUCGGCCAGUCAUGAGCUCUUCAGAAGUGGUAAAGGAAAUGGCAUGAAAGAGAUAUUGAAAUCUGAAAUUAAAUAUGAUGAACACAAUUUUCUCCUUUUUCCUCUGUUGUACAUGGAUAAAUGAUGAGGUAUUGACAGUGAGACCUCUGAAGAACAUGAAACUUGUAUUCUUAUUGUUUCUCUGGAAACUUGUUCAUUUUAAGUUGAAUGAAAUACACACCAUUAAUAGGGGGCAUAGUGGUACAGUGGUGGCACAGUGGGUUGGACCAGGUCCUGCUCUCUGGUGGGUCUGGGGUUC